AUGUCGGCUGUUCCUCAACAAGAGCUGCCCCGUCCCGGCGGUUUCCCUGAAAUCAGAUACAAGCGAUAUAUCCCCAAGGUUGGGCCCUCAGGCUUGGUCCUCUUCUCCGGUAUCACCCUCAUGUGCUCUCUCGGCCUCUACAGAACUGGUCAGGGCAACCUCGAGCGCAGAGAACUUGAGCGCGAGAAGGUUUGGUCGCGUAUCCACUUGGUCCCGUUGUUGCAGGCUGAGGCCGACCGUGACACUCACCGCCGUGAGGUCGCUGCGAAGGAGCGGGAGGCUGAGAUCAUGAAGGAUGUCAAGGGCUGGAAGACUGGAGAUUCCGUUUAUAACUCUGAGCGUUACACCCCAAAGACUUUUGUUGUUGUUCCAUAA